AUGGAGGUUCCAAAGGAUCAGAUCGCGACUUUAAUGGAGCAUGGGCUCUACGAUUCUGCUGAAAUGCUCGGCUGCUUUCUCGUUUCUUCCUCUACUGUUAGUUCUGAAACUAGUCCUCAUCUCAAGGCGGAGAAUUUGAUUCUACUGGGCGAUGCUUUGUUUCAUCAGAGAGAAUACAGGAGAGCUAUUCAUACGUACAAGCAAGCGUUGCAUCAUUAUACAAGGAUUCCGAAGCAAAGCUCCGGUAUUUCGAGGAGUUCAUUAUCUUUAUCUAGUAGAUCAUCUGUGAAUACCUCUGGCAUUUCUGCUAUUAAUGAGAACGAGGUGAGAUUCAAGAUUGCUUCAUCUCACUUUGCUCUUAAUGAAACAAAAGCUGCUAUUGCUGAGAUGGAAUCUGUCAAGACCCGAAGCUUGGAGAUGAAUAUAUUGAUGGCAAAGCUUCAUCGAAAUUCUGGAUAUAACCGUGGUGCGAUUGCUUUUUAUAAAGAGUGUUUAAGGCAGUGUCCUUAUGUGCUCGAAGCCAUCAUAGGUUUAGCUGAACUGGGAGUCAUUGCAAAGGAUAUCAUAUCAGCGUUUACUCAGACUCCAAAUAGAAGUGCAAAGGUUUCGCUCGAUCAGAUAGAUCCCACCCGUUGGUUGCAACGUUAUGUUGAGGCCCGGUGUUGUGUUGCUUCACAUGCUUACAAAGGGGCGCUGGAACUCUUUGCUGAACUUCUACAACGAUUUCCAAAUAACGUACACUUGUUGACUGAGACUGCCAAGGUCGAAGCCAUUAUUGGAAAAAAUGAUGAGGCAAUAAUGAGAUUUGAGAAGGUUCGAUCCAUCGAUCCUUACACAGUAACCUGUAUGGAUGAGUAUGCGAUGCUGCUGCAGAUAAAGUGCGAUUAUUCCAGACUAAACAAGCUUGUCCACGAUUUAUUAAGUAUUGAUCAUACCAGAGCAGAAGUAUUUGUUGCUUUGUCUGUACUAUGGGAACGGAAAGAUCCAAGGACCGCGUUAUCUUAUGCUGAGAAGAGUAUCAGGGUAGACGAGAGGCACAUACCUGGGUACAUAAUGAAGGGAAAUCUUCUUUUACUAGCAAAACGGCCAGAAGCCGCAGCGAUCGCUUUCAGGGCUGCCCAGAAUUUGAGGUCUGAUCUUCGUUCAUUUCAAGGCUUAGUGCAUUCUUAUCUGGCAUUUGGUAAAACCAAAGAAGCAUUGUAUACCGCUAGAGAAGCGAUGAAUGCAAUGCCUCAGUCCGCAAAGGUUCUGAAAUUAGUUGGUGAUGUUCAUGCUAAUACAUCAAGUGGCAGGGAAAAGGCAAAAAAGUUCUACGAGUCAUCUCUGAGGCUUGAACCUGGGUACCUUGGAGCUGCCUUAGCUCUAGCUGAGCUUCAUCUAAUGGAAGGGAGGAACGGAGAUGCUGUAUCACUACUUGAACGGUAUCUCAAAGACUGGGCUGAUGAUUCUCUCCAUGUCAAGCUAGCUCAAGUGUUUGCUGCAACGAGUAUGCUGCAAGAUGCUUUAUCACACUAUCAAGCUGCAUUAAGAAUAAAUCCACAGAAUGAGGCAGCGAAAAAGGGACUAGAUCGCUUGGAGAAGCAGAUGAAGGGAAUAGACCCAGAUGCAGCGGAUGAGAAUGACGAGAACGAUGUUGAAGAUGUUGAUGGAGACACCGAAGAAGCCGAGCUCAUAAUUCCAUCGACCCAUUUCUCAAAGCAAUCAACUUUAUCAUCUUCUUCGUAUUCGCUAAACUUUGCUUUGAGACGAGAGGUUAAACCCAAUUUCUCAUUCUUUCUAUCAACGUCUUCUUCGAUUAUGGCCACUCCUAUUCAAGCCUCUUCUUCCUCCACCAUUGGUCAGACCAGUGAUGGCUUGAAGGUCCAGUCUCAUGUUUCAAUUGGAGCAAAUGAUUUGCUGAUUGUUGGACCUGGUGUUCUUGGUCGCUUAGUUGCACAACAAUGGAGAGAGGAACAUACAGAUUGUCAAAUCUUUGGGCAGACAGUAACAACAAAUCAUCAUGAUGAGUUGGAGAAGUUGGGUAUCAAACCAACUCUUAAAGGAACUGAAUUUGAGGGCAAGUUCUCCUAUGUGAUCUUUUGUGCUCCUCCAUCACAAAGCCCAGAUUACGCCGCUGAGCUCAGUAUGGCGGCAUCAAACUGGAAUGGCGAAGGAUCAUUCUUAUUCACAUCUAGUUCUGCACCUUAUGAUUGCUUCGAUAACGGAGAAUGCAACGAGGAUUCUCCAGUAGUGCCUCUGGGAAAGAGCCCAAGAACCGAUGUGCUUUUGAGAGCUGAAAAAGUAGUGUUGGAAUGUGGAGGGACUGUCCUUAGACUAACUAGAGGUGCACAUACUUACUGGUUGAGCAAGGAGACAGUCGAUGCUCGUCCUGAUCAUAUCCUAAAUCUCAUCCACUAUGAGGAUGCAGCAUCGCUGGCAGUUGCAAUCAUGAAGAAGAAAGCCGGUGGUCGAAUUUUCUUGGGCUGUGACAACCAUCCUUUGUCAAGGCAAGAGGUGAUGGACAUGAUGGCUCAAAGCGGAAAAUUCGAUAAGAAGUUCAAAGGUUUCACAAGCACUAGUGGUCCUUUAGGGAAGAAGCUGAACAACUCACGGACACGAGCAGAAAUAGGAUGGGAGCCGAAGUAUCCAAGCUUUGCUCAGUUUUUUGGACUGUCGAAGUAA